AUGAUCUGUCCUCCAGCUCUCUGUGGUCCAAAUGAACGUUUCGUCAACUGUAGUUCAUUGUGUGAACCUACUUGCCAAUCGAAACCCAACCAACCAUGCCCACCUGUAUGUGGACCGCCAAAGUGCGAAUGUCUACCGGGAUACGUUCGUGAUCAAGGCAAAUGCAUCCUCCCGGAACAAUGUCCAUCUGCAGAUCCAACCUGUGGUCCAAAUGAGGAGUUCGUGACGUGCAGUUCAAAGUGUGAGCCAACCUGUGAAUCGCCGCCUAACCAACUGUGCAUCUUGGAAUGCGGUCCACCGAAGUGUCAAUGUCGUCCUGGCUUCGUUCGUCACCAAGGAAGAUGUAUUCCUCAUAGCCAAUGUCCAUCUGCUGAUCCAAAACCGACGUGUGAUCCAAACGAGCGCUUUGUGGAGUGCAGUUCAUUGUGUGAACCUACAUGCGAAUGGCCCACUGGUCAACCUUGCGUGAAAAAGUGUGGACCACCAAAAUGUGAAUGUCUUCCGGGAUUUGUUCGAGAUCAAGGAAAAUGUAUACCGCCUGAUCAGUGUCCAUCUAUUGGUGGGUCUUGA